UAAUAAUAACAAUAAUAAUGCGUUUAUUGCAAGAGCAUAAAAUCGAUUUCAUCGAUCCUUCGGAAUUGCUACGUCCCGAAACGUCGUUCGCUGACAAAUGUCUUUCGAAAUUUCGUGAUUACACUAUCGACGCCGCGGAUCCUCUUAAAGAACGUGUCCGCCUCACCUAUAGGCAGAUGCAUUUAAAUCAAACGGUCGACUUUGUUAAGAAUCGUCAUAAAAAGUGGUUAAAAUUUAAUACUUUACGUGCGACGGUACGAGAGGCUUUAGAAAAAUUGAAUUAUCUGGUAGAUGAAUCGGAUCCCGAUAUUGAUUUACCUAAUAUUGUACAUGCUUUUCAAGCGGCCGAGCGGGCACGUGAGGAAUUUCCCCAAUUUGAUUGGUUACACUUAACUGCUUUAGUUCACGAUUUGGGCAAAAUAAUGGCAUUCUACGACGAACCGCAAUGGGCAGUUGUGGGCGAUACGUUCCCAGUUGGUUGUGCUUGGUCUGAUAGCAUAGUUUAUCGUAAGCAUAGUUUUCAAGGUAAUCCCGAUGCCGAAAAUCCACAAUAUAAUGGUAAAUACGGUAUGUAUUCGCCGCAGUGUGGCAUUGAUAAUCUGUUAAUGUCAUGGGGUCACGACGAAUAUAUGUAUCAAGUGCUGAAACAUAAUAAAACGAAAUUACCUGAUAUUGCCUGCAAAAUAAUACGCUUUCAUUCUUUCUAUCCCUGGCACACGGGUGGUGAUUAUCAGCAUUUAGCAACGACCGAAGAUGAGGAAACUAAAAAAUGGGUAUCAAUAUUCAAUCGUUACGAUUUAUACACCAAAAGUGAAAAAGUUCCCGAUAUUGAUGCUCUUUGGACCUACUAUCAAAAUUUAAUCGAUAAAUAUCUACCAGGAGUGUUGGAGUUUUAAAAAGCAUACUUUGGCUAUUCUAAUAUUCCGGUUUGUGCUAAAAACAUUGAGGUUAUGCUAUGUAUAAUAAAUGAGGUUAGAAUCCUUAUUUUAUAUAUGUAUUAGUA